CUCUGAUUUGCAUAACACACACACACACAGCUUCUCUCUCUCUCUAAAUACACACGCACUUGCAAAUUGCAAUACACCAAACCGACACAGUUCUUCAUUGUUAUCUCGCUCUCCUUCUUCUCUCUCAAUAUCCCUCCUUUUCCUCAUCCAUCUUCGCUCUGUGGCUUGCCUUCAGAUGCCGUUUCCUCUUCUUACACUUUAAACCUCUACGCCGCCGACUUUUUCUAAAAUCCUUUUCUACAACUUUGGAUUCCUCAAAAUUCUCUUUUCAUGUCUUUCGAUCUGUUGCUGGAGAUCCACACAAACAACCACAAUUACACUAAUGCACCUUUUAUUUAACCAUUUUUUUUUCGAUUUUCCGUCGGCUGGAACAAUAAUCCUGCUGAAUCUGCCAGCUAAUUUUCCCCCAUUUCUAAUUUAGAUUUGGAAUUCAGUUUCACCUCUGCGACGCCCCCAAUUUUGGUGCAUUUAUACGCCCAUUGUGAUAGAUUGGAUUUUUGGGAUCACGAAACUGUAAACGAAGUGGUCAGAUAAAAUUGGAGUUGUUUGAGUUAGCGAGGAGGAGAGAUAAAUAUACAGGGGGAGAGUGUUUGAGCGUAUUGGGAUGUGCAGAUUAAAGGACUGCGAAGAGAGCAACCGACGGAGAAAGUGGGGGAUAAUGGGGCUCAAAACGGCGGCGUUUGGGGGCGAUAGAUUGGAGAAGCUGAGAAAUAGCGGCGUUGUAUCGCGAUCGAGAAUGAAGCUUUGGAUAAUUAGAGCGACUACAUCGAUUUUGCUGUGGACUUGCUUAGUUCAAUUGACGGCAUUGAGCGAAACUCGGGGGCUUCGUGUUUUGAAGGGCUGGCCCUCUUGCUUCUCGCAGGAAUCGUCGGCCGUCGCCUUGGAUGGUCAAUCGCAUCUUCUCAGAGUUUUGCCUCCAAAGAGGAUCUACAAGAACAAUGGUUACCUGAUGGUUUCAUGCAACGGAGGCCUGAAUCAAAUGCGGGCUGCGAUAUGCGACAUGGUUUCCAUUGCAAGAUAUCUGAAUGUUACAUUGGUAGUUCCUGAACUUGACAAGACUUCAUUUUGGAAUGAUCCUAGUGAGUUCCAAGACAUAUUUGAUGUUGACCAUUUCAUUACAUCCUUGAGAGAUGAAGUUCGGAUACUCAAGGAGCUGCCUCCAAGGGUCAAGAGGAGGGUUGAGCUAGGGAUCAUCUAUACCAUGCCCCCCGUUAGUUGGUCAGAUAUUUCUUACUAUCACAACCAGAUUCUUCCACUGAUCCAGAAAUAUAAAGUUGUCCAUUUAAACAGAACAGAUGCUCGGCUUGCCAAUAAUGAUCAGCCCAUGGACAUUCAGAGGCUCCGUUGCAGAGUUAAUUUCAAUGCUUUAAGGUUUACUCCUCAGAUAGAAGAACUGGGCAGAAAAGUUAUUAAAAUUCUUAGGCAAAAUGGUCCAUUCAUUGUGCUUCAUCUGAGAUAUGAGAUGGACAUGCUUGCCUUCUCUGGUUGUACACAGGGUUGUGGUGCGGACGAGGUGGAGGAACUAACACAAAUGAGAUACGCCUACCCGUGGUGGAAAGAGAAGGUUAUAGAUUCUGAUAUGAAACGGAAAGAAGGUCUAUGUCCUUUGACACCAGAAGAAACUGCUCUCACAUUACGGGCACUGGACAUUGAUCGCAAUAUCCAGAUUUACAUAGCUGCUGGGGAAAUCUAUAGAGGAGAAAGAAGACUAUCUAGUCUUAGAGCAUCAUAUCCAAAUCUGGUGUGGAAGGAAACAUUGCUGGAGUCUUCUGACCUUAGGUAUUUCCAGAACCACUCGUCUCAGAUGGCAGCACUUGAUUAUCUUGUUUCACUGGAGAGUGAUAUCUUUGUUCCCACAUAUGAUGGAAAUAUGGCUAAAGUUGUUGAAGGACAUCGCAGACAUCUUGGAUACAAGAAGACCAUUUUACUGGACAGAAGGCUGCUAGUCGAAUUGAUAGACAAAUAUAAUUCGGGGUUACUGAAUUGGGAUGAGUUCUCUACUGCUGUUAAAGAUUCUCAUGCUCAACGUAUGGGAAACCCGACCAAUAGAUUGGUGAUUCCUGAUCGACCUAAAGAAGAGGAUUAUUUCUACGCCAAUCCCUGGGAGUGUUUGCAAAUGCAGAAUGAAGACGAACCACAAAAAGUGAGUAGUAUUUGAACCUUGAUAGGAAGAGCAGUUGUGUGAUGGACCGGGAGCACCACAGAGCAGAGCAGAGCAGAGCAGAUUGACCUCUCAAGAAGGCGGCUUUUGAUUGGAAGGGCACUUCUUGAAGCUUGUAGGUAAAAUAUGCAACUUACAGAAAAUUGCAAAGAGAGGGUUUUAGGGAAGUGCUUGAUGAAGUUGUUCUUUUUUGUCUAACUCAAUAAUUACAAUUCUUGUAUAGAGAAAAUCUACCCCCUCAUUUAAAGGGGGUUUAUAUCGAUUCCUCCCUCUGCAUUGUACACAAAGAGAAGCAAAUAUACAGAUUUGAUUUACUGUCAACUAUGUAAUUUAAAAUUUUUCUCAUUUUACAUAUUAUAUUAUUUUAUUUUAUUU